AGAUAUAAAGCGCAACCGUGCCGUCGCAAAUCUCUUUCCUUCCUUCUCGUCUCUUUCCGGCCCUUAGAACGCCGUAGUCAGCGAGUGCUGCUUUUGUUCUUCUUCAUUCUCAGCAUCUGAUUUCAAUUCGAUAUCCCAAAGAUGAAUGAUUCUUACUGGAAAUACGCUGCCGCUGAAGGUAGGCAGCAGCAGCAGCAGCAGCCACCACUUCAACAACUCAUCGGAAAGCGUCCCCGUCCCGAUUACGAUGGUCCUGGUGGUCGUGACUUGCCAAACUAUUUUGCUCGUGAGGAUGAGAGAGGAACUCAACUAGUGGUUAAAGAUUCUGAUACUAUUGGUGCAUCUUAUGACCGUUACCUGCGUGGCACGCAAUUUCCAUCAUAUGGUGGCAUUGAGCCUGCUAGACCCAUGAGCACAGGACUUGGUGGUCGUCUUCAUGAAGAUCCUCGCAUGAUGGGAAUGGGCCUAGGGGGGCUGGAUUCUACAAUAGCAGCAACAAAAGGUCGAGAUGCAGGGAUGGUAGGUGGGAGGCCUGAAAUCUCUUUGCCUCCUGAUGCAAGCAAUACACUUUUUGUGGAGGGUUUGCCUUCAAAUUGUUCACGGAGAGAAGUGGCUCAUAUAUUUCGUCCUUUUGUGGGCUACAAAGAAGUACGACUUGUGACAAAGGAAUCCAGACAUUCCAGUGGGGAUCCGUUGGUACUUUGUUUUGUUGAUUUUGAGAGUCCAGCUGAGGCAGCUACUGCUAAAGAUGCACUACAAGGUUAUAAGUUCGACGAGCAUGACCGAGACUCGGUCAGCUUAAGGCUGCAAUUUGCUCGCUAUCCUGGUGCAAGAUCAGGUGGUGGAGCGAGGUCAGGUGGCGGAAAUCGUGGAAGGCGUUGAAUAUGCAGCUUUACAGGAUCUAUGCAUGUCGCAAAAAUAUAUGAUGAGGGUGGGUUACAACGUUAUGAUGAAUUACAUCUCUCCUAUUGGGUUUCCAGUUUCCUUAGGACCAGAUGACUCGAGUGGGUUGCGAUUUUCGAGCGGUGGUUGCACACAUUUGAAGCUUUGUUAUAUGCUAUUAACUUCCGUUUCGUGCCUGAGAGCAAUGUUUAAUUUAUAUUUUUUUCACUGCGAAGGUUUGUGCAUUUUAGAUUAGGGUAUUAUGUUGUGACUUUAACCUAUGAAUGUUGCAACUAGUGAUAUUGGGAAUUCGUAGCCUAUUGCUUCUUUGGAGUUUCACUUGUGUUCAAUUGCUUUUCACA